CGUGCUGAGUCAUCAGCAUGAGGUCACUCGGUGCUCCUGCUGACGCGGGCCCGGGGCGGGGGGCCCAGGCCGGCUCUCGGGCAGUCCGAGCGGGCGGCAGGGCUCGAUCCGGGCGGCGAAGGUCGGGCCAGGAGCCGGGGGUCGUGUUUAAGUUUAUCGGACCUAGUGCCUGCUCAUUGUGCCCCCGGGUUAUGACGACCCCCAAUAAAGGAAACAAGGCCUUGAAGGUGAAGCGGGAGCCGGGUGAGAAUGGCACCAGCCUGACUGAUGAGGAGCUGGUGACCAUGUCGGUUCGAGAGCUGAACCAGCACCUGAGAGGCCUGUCCAAGGAAGAGAUCAUCCAGCUGAAGCAGCGCCGGCGCACACUUAAGAACCGCGGCUACGCAGCCAGCUGCAGAGUGAAGCGUGUGACCCAGAAGGAGGAGCUGGAGAAGCAGAAGGCGGAGCUGCAGCAGGAAGUGGAGAAGCUGGCCUCCGAAAACGCCAGCAUGAAGCUGGAGCUUGACGCCCUGCGCUCCAAGUAUGAGGCCCUGCAGAACUUUGCCAGGACCGUGGCCCGCAGCCCUGUGGCCCCAGCUCGGGGUCCCCUUGCUGCUGGCCUGGGGCCUUUGGUCCCUGGCAAGGUGGCUGCCACCAGCGUCAUUACAAUAGUAAAGUCCAAAACAGAUGCUCGGUCAUAGGACUCACCGUGCAGUGGCCAGGCAGUCUUUAGGGGCCACUGAGUGCGUGGCAAAGUUGGCAGCCCUGUCCCUCUUCCUUUCCUGUUCCCUUUCUUCCCCCUCCCUUUCCCCUUUCCUUCCCUGCAAAGCACAACCUGCACCCAGGGGCGUUGGGCUGAGCCCCUAUCAUCCUUGUCGUCACGCGUGUGUUUUGUACGUUGGGAUUGGUCAGUUCAACAGUGAUGUUGGGUUGCCCCUAACCCCUUUGUACCAAGGCCAUGCAGGCUAGGAGUCCAGAGUGGGCACUGCAGGAAUGGACAAGAGUGCACUGGGCUUAGGUCUGCCCUUUCUCUCUGGUGGUCUGCAGGCCCUACAGGCUGCCAGUCUGCAGUGGGACUUGGGAGCUUUCUCUUCAGAUUCCAGUGGGCCUCUCAGCUUGAUCCCGAAGGAAGAGAUGGGCUCUGCCCUGAAAAGUGGUUAUGUCUUGAAGGCUCUGGAUGGGUAGGCCACCAGCCUGGGCACUGGGGCAGAAACCAUGGUGCUGGAGCCUGGCACAGUGCACUGGAUAAGACCAAAUCGCCGGUUCUAAGUGUGGGUGGGAGGCGUGUCAGUGUGUCCUGCGAUGGGUCCGGUGUCACUGUUUACAUGACCUAUUUGUGUGGUUAUAUAGCCCUUUAUUUAAAAGAGAAGUUCCUUUUACGAAGUUAUUAAAUUAUAUGUUUAAGAGCUAAAAAGAAAAAAAAGCUGCAGAGUAUUUAUAAAAUUGUCUUAAAAAAAAAAAGAAAAGAAAAAAGAAACCCAACAUUUGACCAUAUAAAUGGAAAAGGGAAGAAAGUAUAGUAUAAACUUUGCUAGGUUUAAAAAAAAAAUCCCUUUCUUGUAAACUUGGGGACAGCUCUGUGGCUGUUGGAGUUUAGUUUUUAUACACAGAGUUAUCAGACAUUACUUAUAAAACUUAGUUUAAAAAAAAGAAAAAGGAAAAAAAAAAAGCCAAGCUGCGAGCCGACCAGAGGCGGUCCUCUUUGAUAUCUUUUGCAAUUGUACCGAAAGUGACUUACUCCUUUGCCCUUCCCGCUUCCGUCUUGCCGGUGCCGUGGUGUUGUCCGUGCCUGGUGAGGUUUUUGUGCAGCCGUAAAGUGCUGGUGCUUCUGGUGACCUUUGACCUGUGGCUGUCCCUGUGUAUGGUUUUUUGUGUGUGUAUGUGUUUGUUGUUUGGAGUUUGUUGUGUUUUUGCUUCUGCUGGCUUUGCUGGGCCUGGGUUGGGCUGGGGUCCCAGGCAGAGCUCACACUCACAUUCUUCUGCACUUGGUCCCCUCCUUUGCCACUUGGUCCCUCUGAGCCUCGGCUUUGAGUGUGGGUCCUGGGCUUGGGUUGACACAGUGGCAGAGUAAGUGAGGUUGGGAGCUGUCUUGGCCCCCUUGCUGCUUCCAUACCCACCACCUCUGGUCCUGGGUGGUGGCAUUGCAGGGACCAAGGAGUCACUGUGGGUGCCCACAGGGCUGUGUCCUACCCGUCCCUGGCUGUCUUCCUCUUGGCCUCAGCUUUGUUCCUAUAGCUUCAUUUGGGGCCUCGGCUAGGCCACCCCAGAAGCCUACUUUGUGGGUUGGGCUAUCCCUAAAGCCCCCUUCUGUGGGGUGUUGUUUCCCAGGCAGACUGGUCAGGGGUCCCACUUGGGGCAAUCUAUUCUUCCCUGCCUCACUGUGAGAGCCUGGAGGCCUCUCCACCGUUGCCAGACAAGGGCUUUGGCUUCAGGACCAGGUCUGUUUCUUCCCCACUGUCUGCAGCUCUUGGCUCUGGGCCCUUCUUAAUGCCUCCCUUCAGGAUCUGUGUCUUCCAGGGAUCCGCUGUUCGACUUGGAGGUGCUUCUCUGCAGGGUCCAAGCCCGCCUCCUCAGCCCAGCUAAUCCAGUAGAGGCUACCCACCUUCUAGGCUUGGCUCGGGAAGCUCCUCAUAGGCGGAUGCCCAUCUGCAAGAGGCUGUAUUCCUGUCUGGUCACAUGGCCCUUGACCUCUUUCUGGCAUUGCUGGUGUCUUCUCUGGGGGCCCUGGAUCCCUGAAAAGCACAGAAUGUGAGCUGCUGAAAGGAAAGACUGGCCUGACAGGCCUUUACCUCGUGGGCAGCAGGAUUUUCACUCAGCUUGACCCAGCAUGCAGUGCUCUGGGAGCAGGACCUCUGCCAGCCCAGGCAUUUUGGUGGGCUUCUUUGGCUCCAGGUGCUCAGACACUCCCAUUGAUGCCUGAGUCAUGUGAGUGGAAGUCUGGACUGUUGAUUUUAAGUCACCAGAUGACCUCAUACCCUCCCUUUGGUUCUCAAACUGGUACCCAGAUGAGUUGCUGAUUCUGACUGGCAGCAGAGCUGGGAUGCAUUAUGCCCAUGCCUAGCCGAGGAAAGGGACAGGCUUUCCACGUUCCUUGGUCCUGGCUGAGUGGUCGUGUAUGACUGAGCAUGGCCUUCUGUGUGCAUAGCUCCAGCUUGCAGGAGGGUGAGAAAGAGGAGGUUGAACAGAAGGAGGGGAUCUCAGCUUCUGGACUGCAUAGGGCCAUGCUCCUAGUGUUCAGAUUGCAGCAUCUGCUUGAGUCUGGGGCACAUUCCCUAUUGAGCCAGUCCGGCAGUGUUUCUCCUUGAUCCCGUGACAGUAAAUCCUGUGUCCGAAGUGUGACUGUUGGCCGUCUUUCUGAUCAUUGUUGGUUGUUUUCCUACUGUGAGGGUGUUGUGUUUGACUUUCUGACACAGCGAAUGGAGAGCUCUGGCUGAGGCCAGGUCUCCCAAAGUACUCCGCUAAGUAAACCAUUAUUGUGCAACUUGCCUCCUACCUUGACUUUGCCUGACCUCCAUCCUUGGACAUGGACACUCAGAUUUCAAAGAAAAACCCACAUGAGAUGGAUCAGUUUUCUCUAGAGUAUGGCCCCAGAGAGUCCUUCCCCUCCAUCGUGUCUGGCUGCUGACCUGGGUAUUGUGCCAUUAGUGCAGGGCCUCCAUGGCAACACUGAGUUACUCUGGGUUUACUGUCAUCACCAGGCUUCCCUACAGGCUGUUCUCAGUCCACCUUUCAGGUCUGUGUGUAUUCUGUGUGUGUUAGCAGCAGCCUUGGUGUUCAGUGCCAGGGUGUGCGGUUUUGAUAAGCUACAGCCCAUUUUGAGACGGUGAGGCCACUUCUCUACUACCUCCCUCUCUGGUGUGGCCUCUCGGCCAAAGCUCCCAUCCACAGCUGGGAUGUCUGAGCCACAGCCUGCUGCACUGUUUCCGCUCUGGGAUCUUCUGAGUUACUUUUUUAGGCUGUGGUUUGGUGAAAGGAACCAACACAUUAACGAUUUUUUUUUUCCCCAAAAGCCACUGAAUAAUUCUUGGCAUGUUUUCAUGUCCCUGUUGGCUGCCUGGUUUGGGAGCAGUUGUGGAGAAGAGGACAGUACCACACAGAGUGUGGAAUUUUGGGAGCUGCUUGUGGCCUGCCUGUUUCUGGCAUGUACCCUGGGCGUGUGCUGUACCUGCUGGGCCAGCUGCGCACGUUUCUACCCUGUCCCUGGAGCAGCAGCGUGAGCAGCAUGAGUGUCUCUGGAAGUUUAAAGUGGAGUGUUCUAGGAAGUGUCCCUGACAGAAUUCCCUGUUCUCUAUGACCCCAUUUGGGCUCUCAGCCCCUCUAGCAACUUUAUGCCCCGGUCCUAUCUUUGCUCCCGUCCUCUCUGUCUGCUAGUCCUUGAAGCCUUUAACCAAAUGGGAGUGGGUGCAGAAAGCCUUCUCCUGGCAACUUAGGGCAACAGGACAAGGGCUAUUGUGUGUCCAGCUCUGUUGGUCUCCUGGUGCUGAGAGGUGUGUCCAAGCAGAGUUGAUCAGCCCCUGCCUGCCCUGCAGGGCUGAAGCCAGGGGGAGGUUAGUAGAGAGUUCCCUAAAUGGGGUGCGGGUCCUUAAAGAUCCAAGUGAGAAGGGGCUGGGGUGUGGCUGCAAGGUGAGACCCAGUCUCUUGCACCUGGGUAGGGCCAUCAGGGAUCUGGCUGCGAGGUGAGGCCUGGGCAUUCGCACCAGUGCAGAGCGAUCAGCCGCUUGGCCCAGCAGACAGCAGCCUUGGUGCCCACCUGUGCCCUGCGCAGUAUUUAUUGCUAAAUUAUUGUCCAGGAGGGGCGGCGCUGGGCCUGGCCCCCCGGGUAUUUAUUGCUGUACAUAGUGUAUGUUUGUGAUAUAUAAGGUUUUCUUUAUUUUGUAUAUGAUCAAUAAACACCUUUUAAAAGAGA